CAGAGAUUUUAUAGCCUGCCCCGGAGUUUGUAGGUUUUAAAAAUUGUCUCCAAAUAAUCUUACACGGUUUAAUUUUAAAAUGAGAAUAUUAAAACGUUAGGUGUGUUCUUCCACAACUCAAAAUCAGCUCACCAUCUGCGGUCGUGUCAUGCUAAUAAUUAACAUGACGUAAAGAACUGGGACUUUUCCCCAGAAAUGACAUCACGCAUUUGCAUGAAGCUCUAUCCUUACUUUGGCCCCAAAACAUUGCACCACAGUUUCGAAAACGUUCUUGCGUCGACAAGAUCGCGAAUCUUUAGUUUAAACAGAGCUGAACGUAUUUGUGUUGACCGUGACCUUCGAAGGUACAUUAUUUUCGAUGGCACCAGGACAGAUUCAGAUAUUUGUACGAGGUAUACAAGGAGGCACAACUACCAUAGACAUUCAUAAGGAUGCUACCGUCAAAGAAUUCUUUGCAAUGGUGUCUAAAAAGAACAGGAUACCGGUGGAUCAACUUCGUGCGAUUUACACGACAAAACAAUUAGAGAUAGGCAAACGUUUGUCCGACUACGGCAUGCAGCACGGAUCCACGGUGUACCUUGUUCUCAGAUUGCUUGGCGGAUCUAUCCCUCCUGAGAAAGAACUGGAUGACGCAGUGGAGCUCAGCGAUGCCCCGGAUAUGAUCACGUGGGACGACGAUCCCGAAAACAAGAGGGCCAAGAUGCCUUGUGGUCACGCAAUAACUCCAGAAUCUCUGACCAUAUAUUGUCGCAGCAUCUUGGAAGCAGGCCGAUCGCGAUUUCUAUGUCCUUAUAUUAGCCAGGACCAACCACCAGUUUAUUGCGGCAAAGAAUGGGACUACAUAGAUGUGAGGCGCUUGGCUGUUUUGACGGAUACCGAGAUACUGGAGUUUGAGAGGAAGAUCUCCAAGAACUACUUGAUCAAGGCUAUGGGUGUUCAAGAAUGUCCCAAGUGCAACUCGAUGGUAGAACGAAGUGACAAAAAGCACAUACGAGUAAUUUGCCCUUUGUGUAGUAAGGAUAAAGAGAAAGUUUACGAAUUCUGUUGGCAUUGUCUGCACGAGUGGAAAGAAAGUUCUUACCCGAACAAGUGUGGGAAUGCUGACUGUUCAGGUGAGGACAGACGUCUGAGGUUCCUACGUAAUUGCCCCAGGAAGGAAAUUGUUGGAGUGGUAGGUUGCCCCUCCCUCCGCGCAUGCGUAUCUUGCGGCAUGUUGAUUGAGCACGUGCGGGCCUGUAAGCACAUGACAUGCCGAUGCGGUAAGGAGUUCUGUUUCAUCUGCUUGAAGCCUAAAGAAGCCAGUGGUUGGAAGUGUGGAAGGUACAAUGAAGCUUGCAUUAUAGCACCCGUGCAAACCAAGAUCCCUGGAGAGAAUUAGGACCGUGACAUUAUCGUUCCAUGACCUUAACUUAUUUCUACAGCUUAGAGUAGACGGAGUCAAAUUGGAAACAAGAUUACGGCUAGCUCCACCACAGCUUAUUACAUGUGUCAAUGAUAGGUUUAGAAAUCUUGAAACUUGCACCAACUCUCGACAAGCGGCGUUGUAUUGUAGCAGUAGUCUUCUCCGAUGUUGUAACUCUUUCGCUGUAGCGGAAUUUGGUAAUCUCUGUAUAUGUAAUGGUAGCGACCUCGGCCUGCCUGGUAGCGAACAUGUAGCGAGCCUGAACUUAGUGAACUCGACAAGUAACAGAACCAAUUUAUUCAUGCACCAUAGAGUUGGAUUUUUGUUUUUUCAUCUUGAAAAUCAAGUAGUACUAUGUUUGCUGGUCAACUAUUUGAAUCAGUUAAUCUGCAAUCACCAAAUGUAAGCUUGUGGUUUAAUUCGUGACUGUAAAUAAAGUUUAUUACUCUCACCAUA